UGUGGUCUUGGGGGAGACUUCAAGACUUCCCACUGAGAAAGUGGGGUAGGCCCUCUCUGGGAAAGUAAACUGAAGAUUCGGAGUCACACUUCCCCAGCUCUCCACCUCUGGCACCCUAGAGGAGACAGCCCUAGUCCUUGUGGUCCAUAUCCUACCUCCUAGUAGGAAAGGAGACUUAGUUAACAACUUCCAGCUCCUCAGAGAGCAAGCGAGAAUGGUUCCGGGUGUGUGGAGAGAGAAUACAGAGAGAAGGGAAAUGCGAGACCUGGCCACAGCGGGCAGGACCCAGGGCUGGCCGUGGAGACACAGAGUGAAGAUGCAGCUGCUACUCCUCCUUGGGGUAGCCACAAGCAGAUGUCUGCAUGACAAGACCCAGAAGACUGUGCGCCUUCUCAGGCCCCACUUCUCCCAAACGCCCAUACACUCCCGCUCCUCAAUCCUUCCUCUCCCUGACUCCCAUGAUCCUCAACCCCUUAGAAUCCAGACCUACUAUACAAGAGAUCCCGUAUCCAAUGAAGCUUGGGCUCCUGAUGCGGAUGAAAUGAGAGGGGCAUCUCGAGCCCUGGCUGCACUGAGAGAGACCACUCGAAGAAUUCAGAGUAUCCUUGCAGUCACCCCAGUACAAGGACCUCUGCUUCUGAGUCGGGACCCCACACGAUACUGCCAUGCCCUCUGGGGAGACCCAGACACUCCAAACUACCACAGGUGUAGCCUCUUGAACCCAGGAUACCAAGGAGAGAGUUGCCUCGGGGCAAAGAUACCUGAUGCCCAUCUGCGCGGUUACUCCGUGUGGCCAGAGCAUGGUCUGCCCCAGCAGAUCCAACCAGAUGGCCCCGGAGUCCAAAACACCGAUUUUCUCCUGUAUGUGCGGGUCGCCCACACUUCCAAGUGUCACAAAGAGCCCUCUGUCAUAGCUUAUGCCGCCUGCUGCCAGCUGGACUCAGAAGACAGGCCCCUUGCUGGUACCAUUGUCUACUGUGCCCAACAUCUCACCAGCCCCAGCCUCAGCCAUAGUGAUAUUGCCAUGGGUACGCUACAUGAGCUGCUCCACGCACUGGGUUUUUCUGGAGAGCUCUUCAAGAAAUGGCGGGAUUGCCCCUCAGAACUCAGUGCCAGAGAGAACUGUUCAACAAGGAGACAAGUGACAAGGCGAGAUGAGUGGGGACAACUGCUUCUCAGCACCCCCGCUGUUAGCCACAGCCUAGCCAAGCACUUGGGCGUCCCGGGCGCUUUGCUGGGUGCUCCUUUGGAAGAAGAGGGCUCUCUGUCUUCACACUGGGAGUCCAGGUUGUUCCAGGGCUCUGUGAUGACGGCUACCUUCGAAGGUGCCCAGCGCAGUCGCCUUGACCCAGUAACGCUCGCUGCCUUUGAAGAUUCAGGCUGGUAUCAAGUCAACUACAGCGCUGCAGAGCAGCUAUUGUGGGGUCAGGGCUCUGGUGUAGGAUUUGGCCUGGUGAGCACAUGCAGCAACGGGUCCUCAGACUUCUUCUGCACCCGCAGUGGGCUGGGCUGCCACUACCUGCACCUGGACAAGGGAAGCUGCUCCUCAGACCCAACGCUAGAAGGCUGCCGCAUGUACAAACCCUUAGCCAGUGGGAGUGAGUGCUGGAAGGUGGAGAACGGACUCCUCGCUGGAGCAGAGAACCCCCACGGGGAGAUCUACCAUCCCUACAGCCGAUGCUUCCUUGCCAACCUCACCUCCCAAGUGCUCUCCAAAGACAAGGGCAGCCAGCUCUCGGUGACUCCCACAGGCCGUUGCUAUCUUCAUCAAUGCACACACAAGGGAGCGUACAAAGUACAAGUGGAGGGAUCACCGUGGAUACCCUGCCUUCCGGGAAAGGCUAUUCAGAUACCUGGAUACUAUGGUCUUCUCUACUGUCCCCAAGGCCGGCUAUGCUUGAGUAACGAAGGUACCAGUGCCAUCACUUCUCCACCGAGGAGUUUUUCAACCCCAAACCUGCUAUUCCAGCUGCCUUUAGGGCUAACUGGUACCCCAGGCUACUCUCUGGGGAAAGAACAGAGAGAAGAGCUGGCUGAGGUGGUUCUGCAGGCUCUGGUGACAAGAGGUGGCACCAGCAGGUGCUAUUUUCACAGCCCAGCCAUCACCUCGAGUCUGGUGUUCACUGUGAGUAUGUGGAAGCCUCCAGGCUGCCGAGGGCCUUCCGUUGCUACACUGUACAGGACCCUGACUCUGACUCUUCAGGAGAAACCCCUCCAAGUCCACUAUGAAGAAGUCAUCUUUACCACAGAAUACAGCAAGCUGUUGACUUCCUCGGACCAUAACCUCUCUGUGACUGACCAACUUCUACCCACGGGAUUCUGCCUACUGUUGCUAAUUCUGGUGGGUGCAUUGGGAACUAUGGCUUAUCAGAAACGAGCUACACUCCAAGUGGGACCAUCUACCACUUAAUCAUCAUGAGAGAUACAUGUGCAGGUGUGAUGCCAGCCAGCAAAAUGAAAAUGGCUCAAUGGGUAAAGUCACUUACCUGAAUUUGAUUCUUAAGGAGCCACAAAGUGGCGAGAGAAGACUAACUCCUACAAGUUGUCCUGACUUCUGCGUGCACAUUGUAUGUAGCUCAUAAGUACCCAUAUACAGACAUAUAUGAACACAUGCAGAACUGCUUAAUUUUAGUACCUAUUUAUGUAUGAGUGUUCUAUCUGUAUGCCUGCAUAUUAGAAGAAGGCAUCAGAUCCCAUUACAGAUGGCUGGGAGCCACCAUGUGGCUGUUGGGAAUUGAACUCAGGACCACUGGAAGAGCAGCCAGUGCAGCCAAUGCUCAUAACUGCUGAGCCAUCUCUCCAGCCCCCUCUACUGCUUUUGUUUUAUUCAUUCAUUCAUUUCUAUUUUCGAGACAGGGUUUCUCCGUAGCUUUUUGGUUCCUGUCCUGGAACUAGCUCUUCUAGACCAGGCUGGCCUCGAACUCACAAAGAUCCACCUGCCUCUGCUUCCCGAGUGCUGGGAUUAAAGGCGUGCACCACCACCGCCCACCCGGCUUCUACUGGUUUUUUUUUUUGUUUUGUUUUAUUUCGUUUUUCAAGACAGGGUUUCUCUGUGUAGACCCUGGUGUCCUGGAACUUACUCUGUAGAACAGACUGGUCUUGAACUCAGGAGAUCUACCUGUCUCUGCCUCCUGAGUGCUGGGAUUAAGGCCCACACACUUAAAAAUAAACAAAAAUCUAUUUAUUGUAAA